AGGGGCGGAGCCCGUGGAAUAGCGCUAAACCCGGCCCUGCAGGGGCGGCGCCGCUGGAAUCGCGCUAAACCCGGCCCGGCCCGGCCCUGCAGGGGGCGGGGCUGUCGCGGGCCCUCGCGCCCCGCGCCGCUGACGUGGCGCUGCCCGCGCUGCGCGUGCGCACGCGGCCCUUCCGGAGCGGAGCAGGAUGGUGCUGCUGGAGAGCGAGCAGUUCCUGACGGAGCUCACCAGGCUCUUCCAGAAGUGCAGGACUUCCGGCAGCGUUUUCAUAACGCUGAAGAAAUAUGAUGGCCGAACAAAACCAGUUCCACGCAAAGGCCAUGUGGAAACUUUUGAACCAGCAGACAAUAAGUGUCUCCUAAGAGCAACUGAUGGAAAGAAGAAAAUUAGCACAGUGGUGAGCUCAAAGGAAGUAAAUAAAUUCCAGAUGGCAUAUUCAAAUUUGCUAAGAGCUAACAUGGAUGGCUUGAAGAAGAAAGACAAGAAAAGCAAGGCCAAGAAGAGUAAAGCAACACAGUGAUGGGACAGUGUGCUACCAUCACUAUAAUAGACUUGACCCUUGCUCAAAGCAAAGUCCAUUUCUUUUUGAGUUACCACUUGUCUUUGGCUUUCCUUCCAGCAGGAUACUGGGAUGUGAUCAGUACUUUUGUUUAAACUGAAAGCAAAGGUGCUUUCUUUGGGUUGUUGUAUGGCAGGAGUAUGUACAGCAUUAUACUGAAAUAGCUUUACACUCAGCUGAGUGUACUCACACUGCUGCUGUUUACUCUGCAGUGUAAAACCUGUCUGGGGGGGUAGCACAGGGUGAAGACAAAUGCACCCUACCAGAAACAAAACAGGACUGGAGCAGGAGCCUCAGUGUCAGAUGCCCAGUUUUGUAGAUAAGCCUCAGUAGUUCUAGGGAAAGCAGGUGCCAACAUAUUAUGAGGAACAGCUGCUUUCCUAUUUCUGUCUUAAUCUGAGGGUCAUGUCUACAUGAUGCAGUGCAGAUAUCUCCAAGGCAGCCAGCACAGUGCUCCUGCAAAGCCCUCAUUCCAUGGUGAUCCAGCUGUUCUGACCUGGGCUUGGGGUGGGGGGAGGGUAGGACUCUGCAUCCUGUUCCCUUCAGACAUGGCUUAAAAAUGCUCAUGUCACCUAAGUUUUUUUGAAAAAACAUCAUCCUUCAGUAUAUUCAGGGAUCUGAAUUUUUCUUCCUUCAUAUGAGCAGAUGUAAAAAGUAAAUAUGUAAUUGCUCCUAUUAAACUUAAUGAGAAAUAAAUUUGGUGUAAUGUCUGAA